UGAAAGCAGACGUGCGUGAUUGCACAGACAUAACAUUACCUGAAAAAACAAUUACAGGUGAAACAGAAUGUUUGUGUUGGUUGAGAUGAAGGAUACGGUGAGGAUCCCUCCCUGGCUGUUCCACAUCAAUUUCAAUGAUGCAGUGGUAGAAACUCUCAACAAAAAGUUUGCAAACAAGGUGGUCCACAAUGUUGGGUUGUGUGUUGCCCUGUGGGAUAUCAUUAAGCUGGAGGAGAGUUUUAUCUUCCCUGGAGAUGGAGCCUCACACACUGUUGUUCAUUUCCACUUUGUCGUAUUCCGACCUUUUGUUGAUGAGAUUCUUAUUGGCAAAAUAAAAAGUUGUUCCAAAGAAAGUGUUCAAGUGACCAUGGGAUUCUUUGAUGACAUCUCCAUUCCAGCAGACGCCCUACAACAUCCAUCAAGAUUUGUGGAUAAGGAGCAGCUGUGGGCCUGGGAGUACCAAAUGGAAGAGGAGAAACAUGACCUGUACAUGGACAUCGGGGAGGAAGUCAGGUUUCGUGUUUCUGAUGAGAUUUUUGUUGACACGACUCCAUCAAGUCCAGAAAAUCCAGCAGGAGAGGAGAUAACAGACUCUGAGGUUAAAAAAGCUCCAUACACUAUUGUGGGAACCAUCAGUGAGCCUGGCUUAGGUCUUCUAUCGUGGUGGAACACAGGAUAGAGACUAAUGGACAAUGAAAUGUGGUACACAGGAAAACUCCAAGAGCUACUGGACAAGGAAAAGUGGAAAACAGGAAACUCAAACAGCUAUUAGCUGAGGAAAAGUGGAAAUCUGGAAACUCAAAGAGGUACUGGACAAGGAAAGUUAAAAAACAGAAAACUCUGAGAGCAACUGGACAAGGAAAGGUGGAAAUCUGCAAACCCCAAGAGGUACUGGACAAGGAAAGUUAGAAAAUAGAAAACUCUGAGAGCUACUGGACAAGGAAAGGUGGAAAUCUGGAAACUCCAAGAGCUACUGGACAAGGAAAGGUAGAAAACAGAAAACCCUGAAAGCUAUUAGCCAAGGAAAGGUGGAAAACUCCAGGUAGAGGAAAAAUGGACAACUGGAAACUCAGGAUAGAGGCUACUGGAAAAGUAAAAGUGAUCACUGGAACCACCAGCAAGAGAAUAGUGGACAUAGAAAUGAAGAAAACCAGAAACUCCAGAUCAAUGCUUUUGGAUAGAGAAAGGUGGAGUUAAGGGAUAAAUGUGUUGGAAGGAUACUUGACACAUAAAACAACACUGAUGCUACCCAUAAGUGUUGACACAUAAAACAACACUGAUGGUACCCAUAAGUGUUGACACAUAAAACAACACUGAUGGUACCCAUUAGUGUAGACACAUAAAACAACUCUGAUGGUACCCAUUAGUGUAGACACAUAAAACAACUCUGAUGGUACCCAUUAGUGUAGACACAUAAAACAACACUGAUGGUACCCGUAAGUGUUGACACAUAAAACAACACUGAUGGUACCCAUUAGUGUU